AUGUGCCGUGUUGCAAUGUUGUCGUUAGUGGUGUUGGCGGUGACAGCCGUCGUGUUGACAGAGGCACAAAGGGAACCUACGGCUUCAAAGUGUCAGGUUGCAACAGAACUAGCAAUACAGAUUCUGCAGGCAGUGAAAGGCGCUCACCCCGGGAUGGCCGUGGGACCCCACAAGAGGAACUCGGAGCUCAUUAACUCUCUUCUGGGUCUUCCCAAGUUCAUGAUUGACGCCGGCAGGAGGUGAUGAGAUGCCUCCUUCUUCACAAGUUUAACGGUUAUGAUCAGCUGCAGAAAUCUGAGCCCAAUUUCCCAUGAACCAGUUAUACGUUUCUUAUACUGGGACUGUACUAGACAGAAGAGGAUGUGUCAUGUAAUUUGUGUUUCUUUGAUGUACUAAU